AUGUGUGACCCGACAUGGAAGCCACCCGAGAAUAAAGCCACAGAGUUGCACUCUUGGACAAAAAAGAAAUCUGAAAAGGUACCAACUGUGCUGCUCCAAACCGCUCAAGUGUGGGCAGAGGGACGAAGAAGAGCACUCACCCGUCUACUCUUUGACGGAGGUAGCCAACGAAGCUUUGUCACUAAAAGACUUUCACGUGAACUGCAACUCGAGGUUGUAGGUGAAGAGGACAUCACAAUCUACCCAUUCGGAGGAGCAGGAAACAUUAUCAAAGAGAAGCGCAGAAGAGUAAAAAUUUGGCUAAGAAGUCAAUACGACCGUAAAGAGCACUCUAUCGAAGCUCUGGAAAUACCGGAGAUCUGCUCUGAUCGGCUUCACGUUCCUGAGGACAUCCUAAAAGAGGUGCAAGCGGACAUGGAUGAACUGGCAGAUAUGACUGUUGCGCCAGCCCAUUUGAUGGGAGGCGGGAUCGACAUUCUUAUCGGUGCUGACUAUUACUGGACUUUGGUGUGUGGUGAAGUAAAGAAGCUGCAAGGCGCACUAGUUGCUGUAAAGACCGAAUUUGGCUGGACUCUGCAAGGAGCGAUUCCCAGCAGUAGCUCAGCUGCCUACUGCUCAACCGUGGCAGUGCUGCGUGCCGGAGUGUUCGCCGACACAACCAGCUUGUCCAAGGAGCUUAAAUCGUUCUGGGAACUUGAGAGCAUUGGAAUUAUUGACUCUUGUGCCCAAACGAGCGAAGAAAGCGAAGAAGUCAUGAGCACCUUUUCGGCAUCGGUAGAGAAAAUGAACAAGCGCUAUGAGGUAGCACUGCUCUGGAAACCCUUGAACAUGCAACUCGCCGACAACAAAGCUGUUGCAAAGAAGCGCUUGACUAACCUCACAAAGAAGUUAAUGAAAGAUGAGUCGACACUGAUCAAGUAUGACGAGGCUAUCCGUCAGUACCUGGAUCACGGGUUCGCAGAACGACUUCCAUCGCAAGAAAGCAACAACGAUGUAAACAGAUUAUACUACAUGCCUCAUCGUGCAGUUUUUAGACCUGACAGCCUUUCUACCAAGAUUAGAGUCGUCUUUGACGCAUCUUCUCACGAUGCAGGUUGUAUAUCUCUGAACGAAGCCCUAGAACCAGGACCGAACUUGAAUCCAGAUUUACUUAAGGUUUUGCUGAACUUCAGAAUUCAUCGUAUUGGAUUAAGUGCAGACAUUGAAAAGGCAUUUCUGCAAAUUUCGGUGCAACCGGCGGAUCGCGCUGCCCUCCGAUUUCUCUGGUAUGCACAUCUUCCAACGAAGGAAGACCCAGAACCUCCUAUUGAGGUCUGGAGAAUGACUCGUGUCCCUUUUGGCGUGACAAGUAGUCCAUUCCUCCUCGCAGCCACCGUGCGCCACCAUCUGUCCACGACAGGAGAUUAUCCACAAAUAAGAAAAACCAUCGGCGAGAGCCUUUACGUGGACGACCUCAUAACAGGAGCGAACACAGUGGAGGAGGCUACAGAUUUCUACCGAGGGGCACUAGAUGUCAUGAAUCGAGCAAGCAUGACACUGCGUAAGUGGAACUCAAAUUCCAAGAAGCUGCAACAGCUGUUCAAUGACGAAGGAAGCGGAUGCGCCCUUGGCUACGUAGAAUGUCCAACAACAAGUGUCUCACGGGUCCUCGAACUUGUAUGA